GCCGGGAGCCUGGACCGCCUGCUUCGACAUGGGGUGCGCCGGCUUGGCGCGGUUGCACGGGCUCUUUGCGGCCUACAAGCCCCCAGGGCUAAACUGGAAGCACCUGCGGGACACAGUGGAGCUGCAGCUUCUGAAGGGUCUCAAUGCUAGGAAGCCUCCUGCCCCUGAACAGCGUGUUCGCUUCCUGCUGGGCCCCGUGGAAGGCAGCGAAGAGAAGGAGCUGACCCUCACAGCCACCAGUGUGCCCACCCUCACCAACCAUCCUCUGGUAUGUGGACCAGCAUUCACCAGCCUAAAGGUUGGCGUGGGACACCGGCUGGAUGUCCAGGCGUCUGGAGUGCUUGUGCUCGGCGUGGGACACGGAUGCAGUCUCCUCACUGACAUGUACAACGCUCACCUCACCAAGGAUUACACGGUUCGAGGCCUCCUGGGCAAAGCCACAGAUGACUUCUGUGAGGACGGGCGGCUGGUGGAGAAGACGACCUAUGACCACGUGACCAGAGAGAAGCUGGACCGAAUCCUGGCCCUAAUCCAAGGCUCCCAUCAGAAGGCCCUGGUGACGUACUCCAACCUUGACCUGCAGACCCAGGAGGCCUAUGAGAUGGCCGUGAGAGGCUCGGUCCGGCCCAUGAACAAGUCCCCGAUGCUGGUAACUGGCAUCCGAUGCCUCCACUUUGCACCUCCAGAAUUUCUCUUAGAGGUGCGGUGCAUGCAUGAGACGCAGAAGCAGCUGCGGAGGCUGGUGCAUGAGAUUGGCCUGGAGCUGAAGACCACUGCUGUCUGCUCCCAAGUUCGGCGGACACGUGAUGGCUUCUUCACCCUCGACGAUGCCCUCCUGAGGACGCAUUGGGACCUAUACAGCAUUCAGGAUGCCAUUCAGGCUGCAGCCCCCCGGGUGGCAGCGGAGCUGGAAAAGAACUUGAGGCAGGGGCUGGGCACCCAGCAUUGUCCAGCCUGGCAGUGGGACAGUGAGGAGCCAAGCUCUGCCUCGAAAGGCUGGACAGCUGGUGGAGCAGCAGGUGGAUAAAGAUCAGAGUUGUUCAUGGGCUGGAAUGGACAACUCUGCAGAAAGUAGGGGGAACUUUACUACAUGUGGCCUGAAACUUUGAAGCUGUAAGAGAAAAGACUUGACCCAACUGAAAAGGACAAACUUCACAUGAUGACAGACUGGUAAAAAUAUUUGCAGUGUGUUUAAUGAAGAACUAAUAUCCAUACUAUAUAAAGAACUCUUAUAAAAACCAGAAAAUUGGGCAAAUGACUUGAAUUGUAUAUAUACAUAAGAAGAAAUCCAAAUGGCCAGAUGAUGAUGCUCAACCUUCCUAAUAAUGAAAGACAUGCAGAUAAAAAUGAGAUGGCUUUUCCUUGCCUUUGAAAAGUAAUAAGAAGAUAACAUCCAGCCCAGCCAGAGUGGCUCAGCUGGUUGAGCAUCAUCCCUUGAACUGAGUCGUUGUCAGUUUGAUUCCUGGCCAGUUCCUGGUGUGUG